AAUGUCUGGAACUUUAUUAAUAAAACCUUUGAGUGCAAAAUUAACUCAUGAUACUGAAUCUUUUGGAAGGAUGGAUCCAUUUUGUUUAGUUAGAGUUGGUGGAUAAACUCAAAGAACUAGAUCACAUACAGAUGGUGGCAAGUACCCAUCAUGGAGUGAUUCUCUUUCAUUUCGUAGAACUUCAGAACUCAUUGCUGAUAUUGAAAUUUGGGAUAAAGAUGAAGUUAGCAAAAAUGAUUUAAUUGGCUAAGGAUCUUUAGCUCUAUAGAAUUUCUUAACAAAACCUAAUGGAACUGAAUGGGUCCAUUUAAAUUAUAAAGUACAUGAAGUUCUUAUUUUUUAUAGGGUAAAUCAGCUGGAUAAGUAUUGAUUGAAGUAUCCUUCUUUCCUGAUGGUGGUAUUUAACCUACAAUUAUGCCUGGAUAUUAACAACCAUAUUAUCCACCAAACCAACCUUAUCCAUAAUAACCUCAAUAUCCUCCAUAACCAAAUUAUCCACCUUAAUAGCCUGGUUAUCCUGGAUAUCCACAAUAAGGAUAUCCUCCUUAACCUUAUCCACCUUAACCAGGAUAUCCACCAUAAUAACCAGGAUAUCCACCUUAAUAACCAGGAUAUCCACCUUAAUAACCAGGAUAUCCCCCAUAACCAGGCUAUCCACCUUAACCAGGAUAUCCACCUUAAUAACCAGGUUAUCCAGCGUAACCAUAUCCUGCUUAAUAAGGUUAUCCACCUUAAUAACCAGGAUAUCCACCACAACCAGGAUAUCCUCCAUAACCGGGAUACCCACCCUAACAGCCUGGUUAUCCAGGUUAUCCUCAAUAAGGAUAUUAAAAGCCUUUUUGAG